AUGCAACGUGUCUACGAUGGUGGCCCUUGGUCGUUCGGAAACUUCCCUUUAAUUCUUCACCGGCUCAAACAUGGGGAGUUUCCUCUCACCGUGCCGUUGGAUUCUCUACCGUUCUGGAUCCAAAUCCACGAUCUCCCAGCAGGGUACCUCACGGAGGGUGUGGGGUGUCUCCUGGGGAAUUUCAUUGCGGAUUUCAUGGAGUACGAUAGUUCCAACUCUUCUGGCGUUUGGCGCCAAUACAUACGCAUAAGAGUUGUUGUUCGGGUUUCGGAUCCUCUCAAGCGUUUCAAGAAGAUCAAACAGAAAGAUGGAUCAUCUUUUACGGUUAAUUUUAAGUACGAAAGGCUCAAUAUUUUCUGCUUUUUAUGUGGCCGUUUGGGGCAUUUUGAGAGUUAUUGUGAGCUCAUGUUCAACCCCGCCUCCAAGGAGAAUGAGCAAGAAUGGGGUGUUUGGCUGAAAGCGGCGGAUCGCAGGGUCGUUUCGCUUGUGGCUCCGAUCUGA